AUUACCAAGCUUAUAACGCACUGAUUGGCAAUCCAAUUGCUCUGCCGUGCAACAUCACGCCUCCCACCUUCGACGACGGCGUCUCACUGAUCCUCUGGUACCGGGGCGACCUGUCCAGUCCCAUCUGGACGGUGGACGCCCGAGUAGUGCCGCACCUGCAGUCGGCAAAGCACUUCUUCGACAACUCCAUACUCUCGAACCGAGCGACCUUCAACAUCACAUAUCCAGUGUCUUAUCUUCGCUUCAACCCAGUGGUGGAAAGUGACACCGCUGAGUACCGCUGCAGGGUGGACUUUCGCAGAGGUCGCACAAUCAACCGGGUGAUGCAAUUAAACGUAAUCGUGCCUACAAAGAAGAUAUCGAUCUAUGACUCAAACAAUAACUACAUUAACGAUAUUGCUGGCCCCUUCAAUGAGGACUCUGCUCUCAAUCUCACUUGCGAGUCAGAAGGAGGUAAUCCGCUGCCGAUAGUGAAGUGGUACCGCGGCGACGCCUUGCUCACUGAUUCACAUUCGCCCUCCAAAACCGCCGCCGUCAGCAAAAGCGUAGUCCGCAAUGUGGCCAGCUUUCCGCGGCUCCUUCGAGAGCACCUAAUGAUGCCGCUCACUUGCGAGGCCUCCAACAACAACAAUCUCACCGUGCCUGUUACCAAAACCGUUCUCAUCGAUCUCAACCUGAAGCCCACCGAAGUGCGAAUUAUCGAGCCCCUGAUGAACAUGACCGUCGGCCAACGGGUUGAGCUAGUGUGCCAGGCCAGCGGCUCGCGUCCACCUGCAAAGAUAAACUGGUUCAUGUCAGAUUUGACUGCACCUGUCAGCUGGCGCAAGAAUCAGAAGCUACUGGAGCACUACAGCGAGAGCACCUCGGAUGACGGCGCAGUGACCACCAAUUUUCUAACUUUUGUUCCAAACAAGGAGGACAACGGUAAAUUGCUGGCUUGCACUGCCUUCAAUCCACAGUUCAGUGAUUUCCGCAUUGAAGACACUCUCCAUUUGGACGUGCACUAUGCGCCCAUCCUGUCACUUCUCCUUGGAGCGAGCGCUCAGCGGCAAGAGAUUCUUGAAGGAAGCAACGUGUAUUUUGAUUGCAACAUUCAACUCUUUGAGGAGCUCACGGUGAGCUGCGCCGUGAAGGCUGAGCCCAGCGAUGUGCUCUUCUUCUGGGAGUUCAACUCCACACUGCCCACUGCCGGUGACAGUGCCAAUUUACGGAAGGAGCCCUUGAUGGCCAUCACUAAUGCCGGACUUAGGAGCGAGCUUAAGUUUACCCCCAGAUCACCGCAAGAGUACGGCACGCUGUACUGCUACGCACAGAACCGAAUUGGCCAGCAGCGGAAGCCAUGCGUUUUUCACAUCACAAAGUCGGAGAUACCGGAUGCGCCUAGCAACUGCUCACUGCUCAGCAAUGUGACGACCGCCUCGCUGCUGGUGCAGUGCUCCACGGCCGAAGCACUAAAGGAGAGUAGUACGGCGAUGCGGCCGAAAGAGCUCUACCACUUGGAGAUAUACAAUGACGCGUCAAAGCUGGUGAAGAACCUGUCAUCGGCGGAGGGGGUGCACUUUGAGGUGACCGAUCUGCCGCCCGGUGUCAGCUUCAAUCUGUUUGUCUACGCGAGCAAUGCAAAUGGCAGAAGCGAACAAGUUCCCCUGAACGCCAACACGCUGGUGGGCGAACCGAGGAAAUUAGCUUCGCAAUCGCUACAAAGCCAAACGUAA